CGAAGAGCUUAAAAAGUGCCGGGAGGCCGUUUGGGAAAGCCAAACAUUUAACGCAAAAGAUGGGGAUGGCAGUGUUAAACAGGAGUCUAAGCGAGCCAUAAGGGAGGAAGUCUGAAUCUGGGAUGCAUCACGCACCAAUCAGAGACGUUGUGGUUGAUCUCUGAAUGCUGUAAAGCUCUGACCAACCAUCUUUAUGAUAAAAAUGUUUAUUGCAAAACAAGAUUUUUUACUCCAAAACAGCCCAACACUUUAAACUGGUCAAUUUCUAAAUAACUAAUUUUAGAUGUAGAUUAAUGGUUUUUAUACUAUAAUCGUUAUGCUGUGGAGAAAAUGAAAAUUUAUGCAUCUUGCAGACACUUAAUUAAAACUGAGGGGCAAAGUGUAUACAUUCUGUUGUGCAACAGCGUUGUGGUCGCUGACCAUGAGCAUGACGGAAAUGAGCUCCAGGUCACCCAAGGAUUUCGGAAACAUGUCGCUAGAAAGCUGGAGAAUCUUCUGGACAGUUGCAUUUCAGAAACGCAGCACAUAGCCUCAAAAUGUCUGGAAUCAAAAUGUGAUGACGGUCAAGAUGAGGGAUUUCGUUUGUUUUCUACAUCCGUCCCAGGACAGGAAGAUGCCAAGCCUUCGUCAGCACCCAGGCGUCGGCCUCCUCCCAGCUCAAGUGACAGCGACAGCGAGAUGGAAACCAGACUGAAGGAGGCAGCGGUGUCCAUCAGUGACCUGUUACCUUUAGCCAUGCGCUCAUCUUCCUCAGGAGAGCCUCUCGGCUCAGAAGUUGGAGCAAAAAAGAAGAAGGUGGAAGAGGAAGAAGAGCAUUGUGUCGUCAAGAAAAAGACGAAACGGAAAAAAGAAGAGAACAAGCAGGACUCUGUAUCCUCUGCUCAUCACCAAGGCAAUGGUGAGCAGGAACACUCUGUAGUCAACAUAAAACAAAAAAAGAAAAAGAAGCGUAAAAGAAAUGCAGAAGAAGAAGCUUUGAACUGAGUUUUUAAUCUAGUGUUUACUCAUUCGGGCUGUCUGUGUUUUGUGUUGAACUGAUCAAGUGGUGUGGAGCACUCAAUUAUUUCUCCGAUAAGACAAGGCAUCUAGUUUGUUUAUAAAAUAACUUUACAUCCGUUGUUGAUGGUUAUACAUAUUUUUUUUUAAAAACUUCUCAUCAAAAGGGAAAAAAAGCAUUUAAGGAAAGCAAAUUAAAAACAGUGCAGGUAACAUUGGUUUGCCAAGUUUCAUCUGAAGUUACAAUUUCCAAGAAAAACUAAAUAUUUUAAUAAAAAUAUUUUUGGUGUUGA